GCUUAAUCUCAUGCCCUGGACGAAGCUCAUGUUCGUGGUGUUUACUAUCUACUCCUCCUGGGCGCUUUUGAGCGUGAUGACGGGUGUGGUCAGCGACCACAUCCAAUAUGUGCGCGAGGUGCAAGAGUCGGAGGACGAAGUUGCCCACGACGUUCGCCAGGGCAAUCUGGUGAGGACUCUAUCUCAGAUCUUCGCAGCCGCCGACCCGGAUGGAUCUGGGAGACUGCGGCGCGAGCUGUACAUGGAGAUCCUGAACUCCCCCUUCCAAGUGCGACGGCUUCAGCAGACUGUGAAGCUGCACCUGGAAGACAUCAAGCAGAUUUUCGAUUUGCUCGACCUGGAUGGAAACGGCACCGUGGACUUUGAGGAGUUCUGCGAAAGCCUGGACUGGAUCAGCAAGGCCGUGACCGGCCGACGGCUUCUGAAGGUUGAGCUGGGC